AUGUCGACCGCUUCUGUGACUCCAGCUUCUCACAGUCCUCAGCCCAAGCUCAGGGUGAUCGGUGCUGGCCUUGGUCGUACUGGGACGAGUUCUGUGAAGGAAGCGCUCGAAAUACUAGGCUUUGGUCCAUGUCAUCACAUGGCAGAACUUCCUGGGCGGACGGGCCGGUGCUGGGCAUAUAUUGACGCACACCGAGGUUCGGAAGCUCUUUCAUUUUCAGUCCACGAUCUAACUCAGGCAUGCACUGUCGACCACCCGAACUGCGACUUCGUUCCUGAACUGAUGGCUGCGUUUCCCGAAGCAAAGGUUAUCCUCACGGUACGCGACUCACCCGAAGUCUGGUGGAAGUCGUAUUGUGACACGAUCUUGCGGAUAAGCCCGCUUUGGAACGGCUGGUUGAUAUUCUCCGUCCCGCCAAUGUUCGCCUUCUGGAGCGUCGGCAGGAACGUCGAUCGGUUCAAGAAGACGUAUGGCUCGAUUGGUCCGGACUCCUAUGUAGCGCAUAACGCUCGUAUGAAGGCGCUGGUGCCGAAGGAGAAGCUCCUGGUGUACAAUGUCAAGGAAGGUUGGGCGCCGCUUUGUACGUUCUUGGGCGUGCAGGUACCGAAUAAGCCGUUUCCGAGGAAUAACGAGACGAAGGAUAUGCACAAACGGUUCCUGCUGAUGCGCAUCAUGGGUGCUGGGUGCUGGAUACUAGAGCUGGGCGCAGUGUAUCUUGUCUUGAGGAUGUUGUGGAGGAGCGGGUGGUUUGAGGGAUUAAAAGUCAUGGAUCGUUUGAGAGAGCUGUAGGCAAAUUUCG